AUUCAGUCUGUGAUGAGACGGAGAAAUGAAUAUUCAAAUGAGCAUUGUAUCGAGAGACUGAAAUUAGUUGGUUAAUGCCGGGUGUGUUAAUAGUUUGUUGUUUGUAGCAACAAACUCCUGCUCUCUCUUGAAGUGUUAAAUUCUGUCAUUUUUUUUCGUUUUACUUGGUUCCUUGUUGCCAUUUUUGUGGCUUAUUUUUGAAAUUUGUGUACCGCCGAACACGUGAACAUAACAAUGACAACAAUACAAGUUGAAUCGACACCACUUGCUGAAAAUGUAGGGCCAACCAGUGCGCCGAAACAACGGCACAGCAAACGACGAAGAUCAUGUGUUCAAUGGUGGAAAGUGUUGCCGACACCGUAUAAAUUCGUUCUAAUCUUAGUCGGUUUGGGCGUGUUGUUGGUAGCGUAUUUGUAUGUGCAAAAAUUAUUGAAUGAUGGACAAAUGUCAGAUAAAGUCGUAUCAAAUCCAAAGUAUCCAUUGCCACUUUCGGCUUCGACAUUGUAUCAGUUCAAAAAUUAUGCCAUAUGCUCCGAUUCAGAGCAAUGUAGUCAAAUCGGGAGGGAUUUUCUUGAUCGAGAUGGAAAUAUUUUUGAUGCAGCCAUUGCAACUCUGUUUUGCAACGGUGUUGCUACGUCUCAAAGUAUGGGAAUUGGCGGUGGAUUCAUCAUGAAUUUUUAUAUCCAUUCGGAACAAAAAGCGUAUACACUGAAUUCCAAAGAAAUGGCGCCGUUGGCCGCCACCGAUGACAUGUUCAAAACUCCCGAUGAAUACGUUACCGGGCCGAAAGCGAUUGGUGUACCGGGUGAGGUCAAAGGAUAUUGGGAAUUGUAUCAGCGAUUUGCAUCGAAACGAUUCAGUUGGAAAGAGCUUAUUGAACCGACCAUCAAAGUUUGUGAAUCAGAAAUUAAAGUAUCGAAGCAUUUGAGUAAUUGUAUUAAAGUUAUGGCACCGAAAAUUCUGAAAGAAGAUCGAUUGAAGAGGACUUUCUUCGUGAAUGGAACAAAUAUACCGCGACGUCAGGGUGAACAUGUGCAAAUGGCGCCGGAAUUAUGCAAAACCUAUAAGUUGAUUGCCGAAAAUGGCGGUGAUGACUUUUACAAUGGCACAUUGGCUGCUUUAAUCGUCGAUGAUUUGCGAGAUCUCGGUAGCAUUAUUACAAAAGAAGAUCUGGAAUCGUUCAGAUCAAGAUGGGAGGCAUCUUUAUCAGUGCCUAUAAAUGAUAAUACAUUGUAUGUAACGCCAUCAGCGGGUGGGCCACUUGUUGCAUUUAUACUCAACAUUUUAAGCGGAUACAACUUGACACGACACGCUAUUGCGACCAAAGAUGAAGAAAUUCGUACACAUCAUCGGAUCAUUGAGUCCUUCAAAUACGCAUUUGGAUAUCGAACACAAUUGAACGACUCUGGGACAAUAUCGGAGUUGGUGCAUAAAAUGUUAUCAACCGAGUUUGCUGACCAAAUCCGCGAGAAAAUCGAUGACACAGCCACGUCAGAAGAUCCGAAGCAUUACGGUGGCGAUUUUCAGGUAAUUGCGGACAAAGGAACAUCGCAUGUUUCGAUUCUUGCACCGAACGGCGAUGCAAUUUCCGUUACAUCGUCCAUUAAUGAUUAUUUCGGAGUAGGAAAAACGGGCAAACAAACUGGCAUUAUAUUCAACAAUGGGAUGAACGAUUUUGCUGUGAAAGCGUUAAAAAAUAUGUAUGGUUUGCCAGCAUCGCCUGGAAAUUAUAUUGCACCACAAAAGCGUGCGAUGUCUUCAAUGAGUCCAACAAUUUUGGCCGAUGCUAACGGUGAUGUGCGAUUGGUGAUUGGAGCUGCAGGUGGCACAAGAAUUCCAACCGCCAUUUCAACGGUCAUUGCGCGAUGGCUAUGGCUUGGACAAAACAUAAAGGAAGCCGUUGAUGCACCACGAUUACAUCAUCAACUAAUGCCAAUGGCAGUGCAAUACGAAUACGGCACUAUACAGAAAUUAUUGACUGGCCUGGAGUUACUGGGCCACCACGUAGUACAUAAUUCAGUUGAUUUCUCAGUGGUUCGUGCGAUUUCAAGGAAUCAGACCGGAAUUUUCGCCAAUGCUGAUUACCGGAAAGUCACCGAAGUGGUUGGAUUAUGAGUUAUUAACAAAUCAAAGCACACACCGAUCAUCAUCAUCAACAACAACAACAACAACGUUAGAAUAAAAUAACACGAAUUCAAUCAACCACAUUCUUAUCACAUAAAAUGAAAGAGUUUCACCCAGCUCAGCACAAAAUUCCGUAUCAUUUGAAACUUUGGUUUAGUACUAAUGUACUACUAGUUAACCGAACAAUAGAUGGCGAAGUCAUAUAACAUAUUUCAAUUGUUCAAUAAAAAUAUAUUUUAUGAGAAAAUUAAUUUAUAUUUUUCAUCAGAAUCUUCCGUGUGUGAUUAAACUGAACAUUGAAUUAUUAAAAAAAUGAAUAAAUAAAAAAACA